GUGCGUGUCUUGGCGUGUCGACGAGGGCGGGCAGUGGUCUUCACUUUUAUCUUGAGAUAAGGAAAGGACGUGGGAUUUUAUUCAUUAACCAAGUUUGUGUUUGGUUUCUGAGGACAGUUCAUGGAUGGAUGGGAAAUGUUGUUCGGUUGCUAAGGAGGACUUGAAAGAAAUAAAGGACGUGGAGGUUCAAGUGUCUUUUUUUUAGGUAUUUUAUAGAAGGAAAAGAAGGAGCCUUUGUUGGCAAGAAUGACAACACCAGAAGCAUGGAGAUCUUUGGAAGAAGCUGCAUGGGGCCCAAUGCCGAGUUUAGGGCCAGAGUGGAUGGGAAAGUCAAGUGCUAGUGACUCUGGGUACUUAUUGAUGUUGACAGAUGGUUGUGGUGUCUGGGGCGAGAGGAAAACUGCAGACUAUGUUCUGGAAAAGGCAGAAGAGUGGGCACCUUGCAUAGAAGCAGGUAUCAAAGAACUGUCAGGUUUGGUUCUGGAUGAGGUGAAGAAGUUGAAUGUGAAAGUGCAGUGGAGAGAAGACAGAAAGACCAUGACCCUAAACCUCUCAUCCAGACUCAAUGAUCUGGCAUUUAAAUGGAUCUUCACAUUGAACAGAUUGUCUGAUGACCUGUUUCGUGAACAUUGGUCAGUACCACUAGUUAUACAAAUGCAUCAUAUGGGUAUGUUGAUUAAACAGCUGAAUACAGACCUUAAAAAGAAGACUGAACAAAUAAAGGAACUUACACCUGAUAGUAAAAAUAACAAAACAGUUAGUAAAACUAAGAAGAAGGAUGUGAUAGAUGCCUCAGUAGAAGCACUGAUGGUGGAAGGCAAUUGGACAGUACUGCAGGACCAUCUUGUCAAUUUUCCAUUUAUAAUGAAACAUUUAUCAAGCAAAAGAAAAAGAAAUUUUGAAGAAAGUGAGAAUUUGCCUGGGGCUGCUGCCACUACUGCUGCUACCAACAAAGGUCAAGUUAAUGACAAGAAAAAAAGGGAGGAGGAUGAAGAAUUGGAGAGGCUGGAAAGGGAGAAAGAGAAGGAAAGGAGAGCCCAAAUACAAGAACUUCAACAAGGACCACCAUUAACACUGUCACCAAAUAAGAAAAAGAAGAAGAAACUGAAUAUUUGAUUAACCUUUGAAAAGUUUCUUUGUGAUAUUAUUGUGAUACAUGAAUGAUGCAGAUUUUCACUUGGUCACAUGAUUUUUUAUAUGUUACGUGCUGUGAGCAAUAGAGACUUACAUAGAAGCCAGGAAAUUAGUGUUAUAGUUAUAAAAAGUGCAUUGGGAUAUUGCUUCACUGUAUUUUUUAUUUGCAGUUAAAUAUUAGGGCAAUCACAAUGUAGCAGUUACAAGCAGCUACUUUUAUAAAGUGAUUUUUAGACAUUUCCCAAGUGAUGAAAGUACAAAUGAGUAUAUAGUUGAAUGUAUGUGAUUUUUAUCUGUCAUUUUAUGGAUGUCUUUUCUGAUAACUUUUAGAUGUAAGUUUUAGAUGCUGAAAUCUAAGGCAUGAGCACUUAAAAUGUAAGGACGAAGGGGCACUUCCUUAAAUGAUCAGUUACUCUGUAAAUUAUUAUAUUAAAGUUUUGUUGUAUUUAAUAUUUGCAUGUUCCCCUCCUCUUUAUUAUUAUUAUUGUUUUUUGUUUUUUACUGAAAUUUAAUAAAGGUUUCAUUAGACCAUAAUGUCCAGUUUAAGGUGUGUAAUACUAAUAUAAUUGUAAUGCACAGAAGUCUGGUUUUUGGUUUGAAACCAAAGUAUUGCUAUGCAAAAUGUUCAUGUAUUGAAAGAAAGUGCGUCAAAACAACAGAAUAUUAUUGUUGUUGAUAUUUUUGAUAUAGCAAGUUUGUAAGGUGCUUCUACAGUGCCUUUGAAGAUUGUUAUUGAAACAUUUUAUAUAAGAUAUUCAUAUUGGAGCUUAAUCUCUUUAUUGUAUUUUGCUGUGCAAUCCGUACAUUCAUUGGACUAGUCUUAUACCCUUUUAUGAUCACCAGUCAGACUUCAUUACAUAUUUGAAAGGAAUAUAUUUAACAAACUACUUCCUAAUAUAUAUUUCAAAUAAAGAGCAAAGAAGUA